CGGGGGGUUUGGGCCAGUUUUGUUUUUCGCCAUUUUUUUAUUUUUCAAUUUGUAUAUUUUCAAAUGUUCGUCUUUCAUUUUCUGUUUCGUUUUUUGUUGUCUUUCUCUUUUUACUUAAAUUUUGGCAAACCCCUGGUAUGAAUGUUUUCUUAAGAAAAUUCAAAGCUUCCCCUAUAAGAGUAAUAAACUUAUAAAUUUCAUUUUUCAGAAUUUCAAAGAUAAACCAAUGAGGAUUGAAUACGUAGUUCCAAACGGCGAACACCAAUUUAAAUAUACAAGGUUUACUUCUAUCCAAUUGGACGCUCAAAUGGAAAUGUACCAACAAAAACUUUUGAAUCCUCCAGAGGAAAAGGCAAAACCGCCAAAACCAAAUCCUUUUGGAGAAGCAAAACCAUUAGAUAUUUCAAAGAAAAUGGAAGAAGUUGCUUUGAAAGUACAAGCUGAAAACACUGAAAAAAGACCGCCAACAAAACCUGUUGUUGAAAAUCCGCCAAAAUAUUUUCCUCGAACAAUUGAGAGAAGCGGCGGACGCCCACAUCCACAACCACAUCCACACAAAAAUGAUAAUUAUAAUAGGUUUAUAAUUUUUUAUUUUUGA